UUGUUCCUGUUUAAUGGACCUUGGACGCUGAUUGGCUGCGGCGGCGCCUUCGUCACGCAGCUAAAAGGGGUUUUUACUGGAGGUUUCUUCCUGUCAGCGACACAUGUAGAACCAGCAGCUAACGGGACCGGAGCACCGGAGGACCUCGUUAUUUCUUCUCCCUUUUUCCUUUGCUAACCCUCUCUGAUGACAGCACGGUAUGCGUAGACCUGUCACUACAUCUAGCAAUGGACUCCUUUUGUUUCAGCGACAUAAAGCACACUAAAGCUGCAGCAGUCAGCCGGGGACCCUCCAGUGGAAAUACUAUCUGAUAACUCCAUUUGCUCCAGCCUGCAUCCGGAGCCGGAGGCCGACCGAGCUCGACCGUGUAUCCGCUGCUUACCUGUACUUUCUGGGACUGUUGCAGCGUACCUGUCUACCCUGGUAACUUCACAGCCAUUCCUCUGAGCAGAGACAGACCAGGGACAAUGGUGAAUCCCGGAGGCAGCAGCCAGCCACCACCGGUGGGCACAGGCUCUCUGUCCUGGAAGCGGUGUGCAGGAUGCGGGGGAAAAAUCGCAGACCGCUUCCUCCUUUACACCAUGGACAGCUACUGGCACAGCCGAUGCCUCAAGUGCUCCUGCUGCCAGGCCCAGCUGGGCGAAAUCGGCACCUCAUGCUACACAAAAAGCGGCAUGAUCCUCUGUAGAAACGACUAUAUCAGAUUAUUUGGAAACAGUGGAGCUUGCAGCGCUUGUGGUCAGUCCAUUCCAGCCAGUGAACUGGUGAUGAGGGCACAGGGCAACGUGUACCACCUCAAGUGUUUCACAUGUUCCACCUGCCGGAACCGGCUCGUCCCCGGGGAUCGGUUCCACUACAUCAACGGCAGCCUGUUCUGCGAACACGACAGACCCACAGCGCUCAUCAACGGCCAUUUGAGUUCACUGCAGACGAACCCACUACUGCCCGACCAGAAGGUGUGUUAGGAGGGAGCCGUGCAGGAAGCAGGAUGUGUGCCUUCAUUUUAGCCCUUACUCAUCGUCACCCGAGACAGCGUGGAUCAGCAGCACCCCGGCCUUUUAGCUGUGCUCCCAGGCCCUCCGUUCCCAAAAGGAAUCCUCUACCCAUCCUACCAGUUACUUGACUUUUAUUUCUGCGACCCAUACCCAACGCUCAGCCUUUCAACCAUGGCUUUUCCCCAAAUAUGGGUGGAUACUUGCACUUAAUGCACCUGAAUCGGGGAACACUGAGGACUCCAUGACCUUGGAAUAAAAAAAAGAAGGAGAAGGAGACCGAUCAGAAUCCAAGGGGACUCUUCAGGAAGAGAAAAAUGAAAUAAAACACAAGAGGAUGUUGUGACUGAAGUGAGGGGAAGAGAAAAAAAAGACUAAUGAUGUUGAAGAGAUGCAGGCUUUUCCACUCUGCAUAUUUGUUUAAAAGACAUUUUUAGGGGAAAACCUGGGACCUUUUCAUUUUUCCUCUCUUCCUUUUCUAUCCUCGUUCCCCAACAACAUGGUGUUUCCACUUUAUAUAUUUUAAGUGUUGUCAAAAGGGGAAUGUGUCUUUCUUUUACUUUGGUGGUAUAUAUAGAAAAAAGAUGGGGUUUAAAAAGGAAAAAAAAAUCUGUGGCUUUUUUGUGGAAAACAAAUCAUGAACACUCUCUUGGUGUAUUUGUAAAACUACCAUGUAUGUACAGUAUGCAUGUAAAUGUCGUUGUCCAGGCGUGGCUACAGUACAUCCGACCCUCCGCACUCCAGUCCCCCCCCCGAAACCUAAACCCCGGCAAACCGAAGAAAUUUGCUCAUAGUCAGUAAUGUAGAGAUCAUCACCAACAUAUAAAUGCUGAAUGAAAGAGAAAUUUAUUUGUGAUAUUUUCCGAGACAUUUGCUCCAGU